AACGCUCGUUCCUCUUUGCUCGUACUAUAGUCGGAUCGGGUUUGCCUCGGCUCCACCGCUUCCGAAUCAAAAUCUUCUUCUUCUCCCAUCAAAAUCUUACCGGUCCCCUUUUUCUCCUCCUCUCCCCUUCCACCGAAACCCUAGGGAUGGCGUCGCCGGCGUCUCGGUGCGUCCUGCUGGAUCCAGGUGUGCCCGACUACGUGUUCUCCAUCGGUCCAACAGAACAAGGGUGGGCGUCUAUCGACUUGAAGAAGAAGAGGUACCAAGGGUGCGGGAGGUACGGCCCCUUGUUGGCGGAGAGCGUGAAGCUCUAUGUGCGCCUCGCCGAGGAGCACCCGGCUCUCUCUCGGUUGGCCAUCUGCGCCGACAAGAAUAUCAUCCGCAACAUCGUGGCGGAAGAACUCAAGAAGAAGAAAGCUUCCAAGGCCGCCGAAUCUUCAUCCCCCGGCCUCAUGGUGCCGGAUCUGGCGAUUCGCGCCAUCGAGUUCGACAAGAUCGAUGAGAUCUCAGGUGUCACUGCCCGCGUCGAGGUCGCAGACAAGAACCUCAUGGUCCUCUCCCUGUCCUUCGUCUUCACAUCUAGCAAGCACUACCUCCUCUAUGAUGCCAUUCACGCAUCCAUGUCCAUGAUCCCCAUCCCGAAUUGGUGCUGCGAUAUCUACUUACCGUCGAACCCUCUCCCUGUGCGGUACGGUGAUGAGUACGCCCUAGUCCUCUUUGCCAAGAACUAUCCCUACAAGAGAGAAGGACGAUCCACCUGCAUUGACUUGCUCUACCUGUGGACGCCUCCAAAGUCGUCGUCGCCUCCAACGUUGCUGCCACCGCCGCCACCGCCGCCGCGAGAGAAGAUGUACCCGAAUCCCUCCGGUGAACCGUGGCACACCAGGAAACCGCGCUUCUCGAAGGAGACGCCAGCGUCCUUCUGCCACCACGUCAAGUUCACAUCCAGUAGCCAUGCUUUCUGGGCUGAUCUCACCAAGGGCGUCCUGUGCUGCCGCAUCAAGGACCUCUUGGACAGCUUCUUCGUCCAUUUUGACUUCAUUGAGUUGCCCCCUGGGUGCAAGUCUGACGCCCUUGAUGACUCCGAUACUGGGCCAGCGGAGAUGUUCCGAACCAUGGGCUGCAGCACUGGGGACUUGAUCAAGUUUGUCUCCAUCUCCUUCGAUGAUUCUGUGCCGGAGGACGACAAGACGGUGACGGAGUGGACACUGGACAUGGGUACCUUGCAGUGGACCAAGGGCGAGGAGCUGCGCUUCGGAACUCUGUGGGAACUGGAUGACUUCAAGAAGGAUGGAUUACCGGAGACCGAGCCAGUGUACCCCCUGCUGAGCAUGGAGGAAGGCGAUGGUGGAGACCUUUACUUCAUACUGUCCAGGCCAAUCAUGCGGUGGGAGGACCCUGCGGUGCACCACGUCUGCCGAUUCAACAUGACAAGCAAGAAGCUUGUGUCCAACCCUCUUUCCUGGCGCCCAGAUAAGAUUGUUCCUUCUGGUUUGUUGGGCUGUGAAUUCUUCAGACACCUUGAUAGUCAGCGCCUUGUUCCUGACAAUAGGAAGAUGGAUGCGGGCAAAGUGCAAUCCUGGGUCGAGAUGGAGUCAGCAUUGGAGGAAGUUGAUGAAAGCAUGCAGAGAGAGAUAUCACGGAAGCAAAUGGUGUGGUCCGGGAGCCAGCUAGAUUUGUUUUGCCAGGCAAAUUAGGGAGAUCAAAUGCUGAUUAGGGAGAUCGGACUCUGAAUUCCAUCAUUCGAUGUUCACAAGCUGGGUUCUUUAAUACUUCUGUUUAUUGGUACCAGUAUGUUUUUGCUUGUCGAUCUCACAACCUUAUGUAUGCACUGAAGUAAUUUGAAUUUAUCUUGGGUGAACUGCUUUUGCAAAAACUCGCAUACCUUCUUUGGGGA